CAUUUGUCCUAGACAGUCUCCUCAGGAAGCCGACGAGAGGCAACUGGAUUCCUAGAGCGUCCCUCCCUUGCAGACAUACACCUGCAGACAGGGAAGGGAGCAGAGAAAGGUCGUGGGAUUCCCAGGACACAAAGAGAGAGAGAGAGGGCCGUUGCCCAUUCAUUUCUGUUCCUUUCCAGGAGAUGGACGUGGAAGACUGAAGUUGAAAACAUCUGGACAACAUGGAGGUCUGGAGUCGAAAGGAAGUCCCGGGAAGAACAGCCCAGAUGAACCCUGAUGGGGACUCUCCCAGUUCCGCUGUCCAACGCCGGCAUUUCGGGAGGUUCGGCAGCCAGGAGGGUCCGAGGCUCCCAACACGCCCUGUGAGAGCUCGGGGCAGGCCCAGGAAGUGCCUCAACGGGUCUUCAGAAUGGAUCACCUCCGAGUCAGUCCGCCCAAGACGGAGGCCUCUCCUCCUGAAGAAGACGGAGGAAAAGGGAGCAAGAGCCGGUGUCCCAGACCCUGGAAAUCAUCUGAGAAUACAUUGUCCUUCAUCUCUUCUGCCUGGAGGAAUGGAGACGAGGUCCAUGAAGCCAGAGCAGGUUGCAGAGGCUCUGGAGGAGCUGGCUGUGGAUUUCUCGGAGGAGGAGUGGGCUCUGCUGGAUCCUGGCCAAAGGGCUCUGCACACGGAAGUCAUGAAGGAGAUUUUGACCCAUGCGGCAUCUCUGAGUAAGAGAAAUGCUCUGUCAUCCAUAGGAUCAGCCUUGGUGAAUAGAUUUUUGUGACUGAAUUCUGCUCACAUCCUUCUCUGUGAAGUAAAGUGAAGAAGACUUAGGCGUUUUGGUUGUGUCAGGACUGUGUGAUGGACAAUUCAUUGGCUAAAAACUAGUCAGUAGAGAUUUUAAAGGAACCACACUCUUCUGGCCAUUUAAAGGAAACUUAAACUUUUGAGAGCCAACUUAAGACCUCACUCUUUAGGCCGGCUUUCCCUCCUCUCAUCGCUUGAUUAUUUUUUCCCCAUCUUGUAUUACUGUUGUUUUUUCUUUUAUUAUACUGUUUUU